AUGGAGGAAUACGAAAUUUUGGAGAUAUACCGAGAAAUAUCAUCGAAAGGUAUUUAUGACUUCAAGAUGUUUCUGUUUGACGGAAAGAGGAUCGCUAUUAAAAAGGUUUCUGGUAAAAUGAAGGCUAGAAUAAAAAAAGGGAUGUGUUUCAAGCAUGACUGGAUUAAGGUACAAGAAGAUGACGAUGGAAUAAUUUUUGAAUCCACAGAUCCAAAGGGAUACUCCUAUGCAUCCCUCUAUGGAAGAGAGUUUGAUUCUAAUAUUUGUCUCACAAUAAGAGGGAAAGAAAGCGCAGUGGGUUUGUAUGACGGCAAGGACCCCAUACUUGAAUCAGGCAAUAAUCCGGGCGAAUGUCGUCCUUGUGAGACUCCAGAUGGGCUUCCAGAAAGAGUCUUCCUCCCAUUCUUGAAUGACACACUUCCAUACAGCUCCCUUGAAAUUCCAAUGGCAGAAGACGAUCUGUACAAUGGCAUCAAGGAUAACUUCAAUGGGGCCUCUCCGGUUGAUUCUCCCAGGGCUGUUUCCAAGAGUGAAUGGUAUAGUAGGAACUCUCGCAAGUCCCAGAUAGCUGGAUGGGUCGUAUACAAGACAAGGAUGAGUUCUGUGACUUACACUAGAAAGUAUCCCUACUAUUUUUUCAUUCUUUUAACCUCUUCAUUGGAUUUCAUCAAGGUGUUUGUCUGGGGAGAAGAUCUUCCAUAUUCCUCCAUGAAGGUUGGAGACGGUAUUUGCCUGACCAAGUGUAGAAAAAAGUCUAUUAUUGAGGGACCACCCGUUGUGGAGCAUAAUAGGUUUACCGAAGCAAGAUACUUUCGUUGCAAAGAAGUUAGCGCCAAGGAGAUGUUCAGGAUCAAUCUGGACAGGUGUCAGGAGAUGCCGGCGUCUGUAUUUGCUGAAGCAUUUGGAAGGAUCGAGUAUCUGAGCGUCCUGAACAGAAGGAAUGCAGGGUAUCUUGAGGAAUACUAUCUAGUGAGAAUGGGGGAGUAUAAGGUUCUUUUAUUCUACAACUCAUCAAGGGAGUUCUACGAAAUGGAGGUUGGGAAAUAUGUAAGAAUCACCAACUUAAGGACUUCAAGAAGAGGAAGAUCGGAGUUUUAUGUUUCUACCAUCUAUACACAGAUAGAGUUUAAGGACAUGGUAGAUAGGCCUUCAAAAAGAAAGCUCCAUGACGAUGAAGAAGAUGCCAGAAGGAGAAGCCGCAUGGCAGUCAAUUUUGAAGAGUCAGAGGAUGAAGGAGACUUCUUGGGGAAGGAAAAAGAAGAAUCUUUAAAAUGCAAUCUUAUAUUCGGAGCCGUAGGCUAUAUACCUGAUGAUUUUACAAAUAUUGAGGAGAUGUACCUAUCUCGAAGAGAGAGGAUAUCUGGGGAGUUGUGCGAGAUAGUUCCUUUCAUGGCACCUUUAGAAAUAAAUCUAAAGAACAUUCAUUAUGAGAUAGAGAAACUGGUGCUGAAUGAAUCCAAGAAGUACAUAGUCGAUGCCAUAUUAGUUGAUGUUGAUUUUUCUAACUUCAUAUUUGAUGAAUCUCCAGCUCUUAUAGACGGUACUUCUGUUACUUAUUUCAGCAAUGGGGUCCAAACCCAACAGCUUCCUGGAUAUAUAAGUAUAUGUAAUGAGGUGACUGUUGUUGUUUAUUUGUUCAACAACUUCUGGAUGGAUGAAUUUGACUUGGAGUCUUUGUAUAAACUAGGAGGAUGUUCUUCUCUUGAAGAGCUUAAGAACAUGAGGGGAAGGGGAAUGAGAUUUGUGAUUGAUGCUUUCCGGGCUUCCGAAGAGACUGUAAUAUUCUACUUGACCAAAGUUUUUAGAUAA